AUGGAGUGGCCGGCGAUGGCGGAGAAGCAGAACCCGGUAGACUACGGCGUCCAGAUUCGCUUCAUCAACGACCUGCAGGAGCCCCGCAAGCCCCCCAAGGCGCGCACCAAACCUGGCUCCUACGGGGUGGCCGUGAGGGUGCAGGGCAUCGCCGGGCAGCCCUUCGUGGUCCUCAACAGCGGCGAGAAGGGUGGGGACUCCUUCGGAGUGCAGAUCAAGAGCGAGGGCUCCUACCAGACCCCAAUCGCCGGACCCCGGACCCCCGGCUCCGUCAGCUCUGACUCGGACCUGCCGGAGAACCCCUACGCGGGCCGGCAGCCGCGGCACGGCUCGGCCCACAGCACCUCGGACGAGGAGGCCGGGGGUGCCUUGCCAGCAUCCCACCAUGAACCCAAAGUUCUGGUAGGCGAGGAGCUGCGGAGGACGCAGUCCCACGGGGACCUGCUCGGCGCCGCCGCGGACGAGCCCUUUGCCAGCAGCGCUCAUCGGGCCGGCGGCAGCCGGCAGCAGCGGUCCCUGGCCGGCGGCAAGAGCAGCAGCUUGGUGAACAUCACCUCGCAGCCACGCCUGAGAUCCACGGCCAAGGACCCCUCCUCGGAGGACACUGAGGCCGUGGUGGGUGCUGAUGGUGGCGGCAGCAGCGACGUGGAUACCAAACCCCUGUCCUCGGUGGAUUCGCUCAUCAGCAAGUUCGACAGCAGGGUCCAGCAGCGGGGGCGGGCGGCCAGGAGGGGCCGGAUCCCCUCGGAGGAAAGGAAACGCUCGCAGAGCCUGGACGCCCGCGUUUCCCACUGCGACCUGCCCGAUGCCCAGUGCCAGCCUGGCACCGUUUGCCCUCAGCCCUUGAUGCCCACCAGUGUUGGCACCAAGCUCUUGGUCCAGCAGGGUGUGGAGGAACCCGUGCCUGAGCAGCUGCAGAGCAAAGCCAGGGCAGAGCUGCAGCUCAAAUCCACCCCAGACCUGCUGCAGGACCAGCAGGAGGUCACCCAGCCCGGCAGCACCGAGCACCCCAAGGAGCUCAUCUACAGCAUUCUGAAGGAAGGGAGCAGUGAGAGUGAGAUCUCCCUGCGGAGGAAGACUGCCCGGCUGCUGGAGAAGGUGCAGGAGCUGGUGACACCAGCCAAGGACACAGCAUGUUCCCAGCCCCAGCACAGGGACCUGGCCAGGAAGGUGGAGGAGCUGCAGGAGAAGCUUGAUGAGGAGACUAAGCUCCACCAGAAGCUGGAGCUGCCCAGGGAGUCAGCAAGGAAGCUGAGGGCAGCUGAAGAGGAGAGCCAGAGACUGCGGGGGGCCCUGGAGAAGAAAACCCAGGAGCUGCAAAGAAGCUUGCAGGAGCUGAGCGAGGUAAGAAUAUCCAAGGAAAAGGUGGAGACCAGGCUGAGUGACUGCGAGGAGCAGCUGCUGGUCGCCUACCAGGAGCUCAACUGCCUGCGCCACAGCUCCAGUGCAGCCCCGGACAGUGAAGCCCUCUACAAGGAGCUUGUGGAGACAAGGGAGGAGCUGGAGGAGGCUCUGAGCUCCAAACAACAUCAGGAGGAGCAGCUGCGGCUGCGGGAGCGGGAGCUGACAGCACUGAAGGGAGCCCUCAAGGAGGAGGUGGCCAGCCAUGACAAGGAGCUGGACCGUGUCAGACAGCAGUACCAGAGUGACAUGGAACAGAUGCGGCGCAGCAUGGAAGACAUCUCACAGGAUCAGGCCAACCUGGAGUCAGAGAAGCAGAAGAUCAGCAGCAUGGUGAGGAACCUGCAGCGGGAACUGGAGGAGAGCGCGGAGGAGACUGGGCACUGGAGGGACAUGUUCCAGAAGAACAAGGAUGAGCUUCGAAGCACCAAGCAGGAGUUGCUGCAGGUGAAGCUGGAGCGGGAGGAGUUUGAGGAGGAGCUGCGGGAGCUGCGGGAACGUUUCACAGCCGCCCGGGAGGAGAUGGACCAGGCACGGAGCAGUGCCGUGGACCCUGGCGAGCUGGAAGACCUCAGGAAGGAGCUGCGGCAAGCACUGGAGGCGCAGAGGGAGCUGGCAACACAGAAGCAGAGGCAGGAAGAGCUGCUGCAGCAGCGGGAGCAGGAACUGGUGGCACUGAAAGGCUCCAUGGAGGAGGAGACCUCCAGCAGGCACAGGGAGAUGGAGCGGUACCUCAGGGACCUGCAGCAGCUCCAGAAGGAGCGCGAUGAGGCCACCAAGGCGAAGGCAUCCCUGGAGAGCGUGUGGGAGGUGGCGGAGCAGGCAAGGAGGACGCUGGAGGCCAGCCUGAGGGAGCUGCAGGAGCACAAUGAUGACCUGAGGAUGAAGGUCUUGGGCAUGGAGAGCCACCUGAAAGAGUAUGAGCGCCUGGGAGAGAACUGGGAAGGCUCCCAGGCACGGCUCAAGGAGAAGGUCACCAAACUGGAGACAGAGCGCAGGAAGAUGGAGGAGUCCUUGGGUGAAGUCUCAGAGCGGGAGCAGGAGCUGCUGAUGGCCAAGAGGUCCCUGGAGACUCGUUUGGAGGAGGCCCAGCGGGGCCUGGCAUGGAUGACCCAGGCCCACCAGGAGCUGAGUGAAGCCUUCCAAGAGGAACAGCGGCAGAAGGAGCAGCUGAGGCGUGCCAAGGACGAGCUGGAGGAGCAGAAGCGGCUGUUGGACCGCACUGCUGAGAAGCUGAACAAAGAGCUGGAGCAGAUGACGGAGGAGUCCAACAGCUCGCUGGCAGAGCUGAAGACACAGCUGGAGGAGUUCAAGGAGAAGUCCCAGAAGGAGAUCACAGACUCCCAGAAGCAAGCCAAGGACUGGGGGGCAGAGGUGGAGAAGAUGCAGUUCAGCAUGGGCCGGCUGCAGGAUGAGGUGACACGGCUGAAGCAGGCACUGCAAGAGAGCCAGGAGGAGCAGGAGCGCAUGCAGCUGGACAAGGAGCUGCUGCUGCAGCGCCUGCACAACCUGCAGCAGGAGAUGGACACCAAGAGGCGCUCCCAGGAUGAUCGCUCACGGCACCUCAAGGCCAUGGAGGAGAAGUCCAAGCGCCUGGAGGUGGAGCUGGAUGAGGAGAGGACCACGGUGGAGCUACUGACAGAGAGGGUCAACAGGAGCAGAGAUCAGAUUGACCAGCUGCGGGCAGAGCUGCUGCAGGAACGCUCCAGCAGGCAGGACCUGGAGUGUGACAAAGUCUCCUUAGAGCGCCAGAACAAGGAGCUGAAGAACCGCCUGGCCAGCUCCGAGGGGCUGCACAAACCCAGCAGCAGCAUCCCCCAGCUGGAGGCACAGCUGGAGGAGCUGCAGGACAAGCUGCAGGCAGAGGAGAGGGAGAAGAGUGUCCUGCUGUCCUCCAACCGCAAGCUGGAGAGGAAGGUGAAGGAGUUGACCAUCCAGAUUGAUGAUGAGAGGCAGCACGUCAGUGACCAGAAGGACCAGCUGAGCCUGCGGGUGAAGGCCCUCAAGCGCCAAGUGGAUGAGGCAGAGGAGGAGAUUGAGCGGCUGGAAGGUGCCCGCAAGAAGGCACAGAGGGAGCUGGAGGAGCAGCAUGAACUCAACGAGCAGCUGCAGAACCGCAUCAAGGCACUGGAGAAGGAGGCUUGGCGCAAAGCUACGCGCUCGGCCACCGAUUCCUCACUGCAGGAUGACCCCCUCAGCUCGGAUGAUGAAGAGUUCGACAGUGCCUACGGCCCUUCCUCCAUCGCCUCGCUGCUCAAUGAGGCCAACCUGCAGACCAGCUCCUGCUGA